AUGGCCGUGGACAGCGAAAAGGACCAGAGUCAAUCCCCAGUCACUACACACUUGACGCCGGAAUCCCUUUCUGGCGCUGAGGAGCCCAUAGAGCCUCCUGUUGUGACGUUGAAGACAUGGAUUGUGUCUAUGGUAUUAUCCUGUGGUUAUGGUCUCUCUUUUUGGCCUGUACCCGUCGUAUCCUCUAUUGGAACCAAUAUUUCGGCAGAUAUGGGAAACGCAGACGGCUAUGUUUGGUUUGUUCCAGCAUGGACAAUUUCGAUUACCUGUGCUUUUCUCUUAUUUGGUCCAAACACUGAUCUUCUUGGGAGACGUUGGUUCCUUGUGCUAGGUAACUUGAUUUGCUUCGUGGGUCACAUUAUCGUUGCUUCAUCAACAUCCACCAGUCAGGUGAUUGCAGGCUUAGCAGUUUCGGGCUUCGGGGGAGCUAAUUGUCAGAUGGCUGCAUUCGCUCUCCCUGAGCUUCUUCCUAACAAAUGGCGACAUAUCGGCGUUGUUAUUGCAGACUCAACUGUCUAUAUUGCGGUCAUUGUCGCUCCAGUUACAGCCCGUUUCGGAUACCAAAUGCAGAAUUGGCAAUGGAACUUCUGGGGAGUGGCUAUCUUUCAGGGACUUUCUUGCAUUGCUCUUUUCUUUCUCUACCACCCACCAAAGCACCCCCUCGGUAUCUCGUACUCGGAAGCGUUCAAAUCCAUGGACUACAUUGGAGGAUUUCUCUUCGUUGGUGGCGCUGUUCCAUUUCUCAUGGGAAUUGUGUGGGCUGGCGUGUAUCCCUCUCAUGAUGCUCACGUCGUGGCACCCCUGGUGGUUGGUGCAUUUGUCAUGAUCUGUUUCGCUCUAUGGGAAACCUUCGGAAACCUCAAAUACCCCCUGACUCCGACGGCCAUUUUUACCAGCUCUUGGGGACGAGACUUCACAGCUCCAGCGAUUGCUGUGGGAGUUGUGAAUAUGUUUUACUAUUCCUCUAGCAUCUUGUGGCCUCAAAUGAUCACUGUCUUUUACACCAAUAAUGGUGCCGAUUGGAAAUAUGCUGUUGUGCUAUCUUUGCCUCAAGGUUUUGCCAUCCUGUUCGGUGCUAUUCUUCUCACGGUCUUUGGUAGUCGCAUCCGUCACUGGCAUUGGCAAUUGACUGGUUCGGUUUUUGUGAUGGUCCUUUUCGGAUCCCUUCUCGGACUUGUCACUCCCAACAACAUGGGAACUAUGAUUGCAUUUAUCUUUCUUUCUCAAGCCGGCUUUGGUUGGGGGUUAUAUUUAAGUAUUGCUCUGACUCAAAUGGGUGUUGAUCAGCAAAACCUUGGCAAGAGUGGAGGUAUCUCAGGUUGUAUCCGAUUUGCGGCUGGUGCAGUCGCCACUUCAAUCUACCAGACUAUCUACAAUAACAGUCUCACCAAGUACAUGACAGAGUACAUUCCUCCGGCAGUCACUGCUGCGGGUCUGCCCGAGUCUAAGAUUGAAGGUAUCAUGACAGCAGUUACCAGCGGUGCCUCCGCUCUGAAAUCCUACAGCCCUGCAGUUGCUGCAGCUGCAGAGGCUGCACUGAAUGAUGCUUAUUGCAAAACUAUCUUUGUCGUGGCUAUGGUAUCAAUGGCCUUUGGCAUAGUUGGACUGAUAGCUUGCCUAUGCUGCAAGGAUGUUGACUCGAAAAUGACGAACAAGAUUGAAGUUUAUCUUGAGAAUACUAAACUCGCGGAACGAAACACUUUCCACUAG